GUCUCGCGUUCCGUAGGAAAGCAUGGAGACUGCGUCACUCUGAGUCUGAUCAUCUUCUGUUAUUAUUUAUAUAAAAGUGAAGCUGCUCUCAGUUUAAUUGAGUACAGAUCAGAUUAUACGCUGCGGACACAUUGAACAGGUCUCUUAUAACCUACACACUAUGAGCGGCGGCGGUGGUGAGGGGCUGAUAUAAAGGUUUAGAAGAGGCUGAAAGAAGCUCGUCACACCCAGAACUGCAGCUUUUACUCUGGAGCUCCUGCACUGUGUGAACGCUUGGUCUCAAAAAACGCUUUAAACUGCGCUUAGCGUCAAACAGCAGGAAUACCACCUUAAGGAGAGGCAGAUAAUGGCACCAAUGGGUAAGGUGAACGGCAACGGCUCUGGUGGAGAUGAAGGAGAGAUGGAAGUCAUCGCAAACGCGAGCUUGCUGGCUGGCUUCAGCGAGAGUGAGGAGGUCAAGGCCCUCCUGGCUAGUCUGCCAGAACUACACGAGAACCUUGUGACCAGGGAGACUGCAAGAGAAAAGUUUGUGGUUAUCAUGGACCGCUAUCAGGAGCAACCACAUCUUCUAGAUCCUCACUUAGAGUGGAUGCUGAACAUGCUGCUGGAGCUCAUCCGGAACGAGAAAUCUCCCCCUCUGCUGGUUCAUCUAGCGUUUAAAUUUCUCUACAUCAUCUCAAAGGUCAGAGGCUACAAGAUCUUUAUGCAGCUCUUGCCUCAUGAGGUGGCGGAUAUGCAGCCGGUUCUGGAUCUGUUGUGCAGGCAGGAUCCAUCGGACCCUGAGACGUGGGAAACCCGGUACAUGCUUCUGCUCUGGCUCUCCAUGACGUGCCUCAUCCCGUUUGACCUCUCCCGCCUGGGCGGCCAUCAGAACUCUGAGUCUGGAAUGAACAGAGAGACUAUAAUGGAUCGUAUUCUGGCUGUGGCUAAGUCCUACUUACAAGUUGCAGACAAAUCAAGGGAUGCUGCAUCAGUUCUAGUCUCAAAGUUUGUGACUCGGCCAGAUGUGAAGCAGAAGCGGCUGGGGGACUUCUUGGACUGGACCCUCACCACAGUGUCCCAGUGCAAUGUCCUGAGCACAGAGGGCUCUGUGUCACUGGAUGGAGCUUUACAGGCUCUGGCCCAGCUCUUCAAGCAUGGGAAGCGAGAGGACUUCCUGCAGUACGCUCCCACCGUCCUCCAGUGUCUGGACCAGAAGAAGAUAGCUGAAAUUAACCAGGCCAAUCUGAGGAAACUGGGGGUGAAGGUUGUGCAGAGGCUUGGACUGACCUUCCUUAAGCCCCGCCUGGCCAGGUGGAGGUACCAGAGAGGAAGCCGUUCUUUGGCAGUGAACCUUGCGCCGUCCACUUCUGUCGGAGUAGUGCUGGAUACAAAGCCUGACCUGGAGUCUGUGAGCUCGGAGGAGGAUUACGACAUACCUGAGGAGGUGGAAAACGUGAUUGAACAACUACUGGUGGGACUAAAGGACAAGGAGGGUAUAGUGCGCUGGUCUGCAGCUAAGGGUAUUGGGAGAGUAACUGGUCGGCUGCCCAAGGAGCUCGCAGAUGAUGUGGUGGGCUCAGUCCUGGACAGUUUCAGCUUUCAGGAGACUGACAGCACGUGGCAUGGAGGCUGCCUUGCCCUUGCAGAACUGGGCCGUAGGGGACUGCUGCUUCCUUCACGUCUUUCAGAUGUGGUGCCAGUGAUUCUUAAGGCUCUGAUGUAUGACGAGAAGAGAGGAGCCUGCAGUUUGGGCUCUAAUGUGCGAGAUGCUGCCUGCUAUGUUUGCUGGGCCUUCGCCCGUGCGUACGACCCCAGCGAACUGAAUCCUUACGUCAACCAGAUCGCCAGUGCCCUGGUCAUCGCUGCCAUUUUUGACAGGAACGUCACGUGUAGAAAAGCUGCCUCAGCUGCUUUCCAAGAAAACGUGGGGAGGCAGGGCACAUUCCCUCACGGCAUAGACAUCCUAACAGCCGCAGACUACUUCACCGUUGGGAACCUGAAUAACUGCUACCUGACCAUCAGUGUGUAUAUAGCAGGGUUCGAGGAGUACACCAAGCCAAUGAUCGACCACUUGGUGACAAGGAAGAUCAAUCACUGGGAUGGAGUGAUCCGUGAGCUGGCCACUAAAGCACUGCACAACUUAACCCCUCAGGCCCCGGAUUACAUGACCAACACAGUUCUUCCACAGCUUCUGCCGAUGGCGUCAGGGAUGGACCUGCAUGGCCGUCAUGGAGCUAUACUGGCCUGUGCUGAGAUCACUCACGCCCUCUAUAAGCUGGGUGCUCAGAGUAACAGGCCAGUCACAGACUUCCUGUCCUCAGACAUCGUUCAGGGUCUCAAGAGCAUUCACCAGAAGCUGUCUGACAAGAAGCAGUACAGGGGUUUUGGAGGAGAACUGAUGAGACCAGCAGUCUGUGUCCUUAUUGAAAAGCUGUCCCUGUCCAAGAUGCCGUUUAAGGACGACCCUGUUAUAAGUGGCUGGCAGUCACUGAUAGACGACAGUUUGAGUGCUAAGCAAGGCAUCCAGGAGGCAGCGGUUUCAGCUCUAACGGCACUGUGUCAGGAGUACUACCAGAUUCAGCCAGGGGUGGCUGACGCACACAUACAAGAGAAGUUAGUGAGUCAGUAUCUGUCGGCACUGAAGAGUACAGAGAUGUUGAGCUGCUGUGGCUGCGCUCUGGCUCUGGGAUCUCUCCCACACUUCAUGAUCCACAACAAACUCCAGCAGAUUUUAGACGGCCUCCAAGAAGCCUGCAGACCGACACGGAAGGACAAAGGUUACACAGAAGCCAGAAGAGAUGCAGCUACAGCUUUGGCGCAGGUGUGUGUAACAGCAGGAGUGAGCGCUCAGGGCAGUGCAGACUGUGUUGUGUGCGAGAUAAACGUUAACGGUGUUUAUGAAGCUCUGCUGGACUGCAUGAAUGACUACACCACGGACAGCCGAGGCGACGUGGGGGGCUGGGUACGAGUGGCGGCCAUGACGGGUCUGCAGGACGUGACGAUAGAGGUGGCUGGAUCAGCGCCAGAGCUUCUGUCUCCUGCCAGUUGCCAGAGAAUGAUGUGCUGUCUGGCUCAGCAGGCCUCGGAGAAGAUUGACCGCUACAGAGCUCACGCUGGUGCUGUGUUCCUGCAGCUGCUCCACAGCACUCAGCCUGAAGUUCCCCACAUCCCCCACAGGGAGGAGCUCCUCAGCAUCUUCCCUCCGGACAGUGCGGAGUCUCUGAACUGGAACGCAGCAUCUCAGGCUUUCCCACACGUCACCCAGCUGCUCCGGCUGCCCGUCUACCAGUACCACACACUGCUGGGCCUGACUGUAUCUGUGGGUGGGCUUACAGAGACCACAGUGCAUUUCUCCUCCCGGUCGUUGUUCGAGCAUCUGAAGAGCAUUCAGCAGGACGGUGCAGCGCUGACGCAGAUUGGAGACGCUCUUCUGCAGAUCUUCAGAGACAAUCUUCACAACGACAGAGUGUCCAUCCCGCUGAUGUCGAUGCUGGACCAGAUGCUGUCAAACGGCUGCUUUGAGCUCUUUACCACAGAGGAGGAUCACCCCUUCUGUGUGGAGCUGCUGUCUCUGUGUAAAGAGGAGAUUAAGAAAUCGAUGGACACUAAGAAGUUGCGCUCAUGCAUAGCUGUGUACUGUGGACUCAUCCAGUUUCAGGGAGGUGUGAGGAAGAAGGUUCUGAGCCAGCUGAUGAUUCUACUGGGUCACCGCUUCCCUUUGAUAAGAACGGUCACUGCCACUCAAGUAUAUGAGAUGCUGCUGACCUAUGACGACGUGGUGGACGCAGCAGUACUGGAUGAUGUCAUGACCGUGCUCAGUGAUACUGACUGGGAGAACGACCUUAGCACAGUGCGGAUACACAGAAACCAGAUCUGUGAUUGGCUUGGAGUUCCACAACCCACCAUUCCAGCUAAGAGUCCAGCCCAGUAGUUCUACCCAAUCAGACAGAGGCUGCCGUUCCUGAACAUUCCCUCAGCACUCGAUGCAGCCUAUCUCCACACCUCCACGCCGUCCGCCUGGCUUCCGUCUGUGUCUCUUCUAACCCUGGAUCUGUUCAGCAAGAAUUUCAGAUCAGCUUGUGAUGUCUGACGGAACGUUUUGGCCUUUCAAUGUGAAUAAAAAUAGAAAUGAGAACCCA